GUCGGGGGCAACAAUGAUCCAUCCAUACUGUUUAUAGUACGGAGUACGCGGGUUAACCGCGGCAUUCUGCAACUCACACUUCGAUUUCAUUUGUUUGUUGCCUGUUUGACUGUAUAGACUGUAUACUCUAUACUUCGGCGUCCGGUCUAUAGUGUGAACAAUUGAAUCCACAUAUUUCACACUCGCCGUCGUAAGACUGUUCUCCAAUUUUGUACGCACUCAAUAAAAUCAACCAUCAAAAAUGGCCGUGGACAAGGGUGAUGCUCCUGAACAUAUAAAUUUGAAAGUGCUUGGGCAGGACAAUGCUGUAGUGCAAUUUAAGAUCAAGAAGCACACUCCUUUGAAAAAGCUUAUGAACGCAUAUUGUGAAAGAACAGGCUUGGCAAUGGCUACAGUCCGAUUUCGAUUCGAUGGCCAGGCCAUUAGCGAAGCUGAUACUCCAUCGUCCCUAGAGAUGGAAGAAGGGGAUACAAUUGAAGUCUAUCAACAGCAGACAGGUGGUCUAGAGAAUUUCAGAGACUACUAUUAACUACUUAUUAUUUUAUAUAAUAUAAGUUUAUAUUUUAUUUAUAAAUCACAUUACAUGUAAACGCAUCUUAGUUUUUUUAUACCUCAUUACCAUACAAUGUCUAUUAUCUACAAAACUGGCAAUAUUAAAAAAAAAAAUUGUUAUAAAUAAUAAAAAUUUAUAAUCGACUAGAACGAUUUCAAGAAUUACUACAUCAACCAGAUAAAUAUGAGGUAUAGAACAGAUUUAAAAUAUUUGAUGAAUACUUUAUAUGUCAACAGUUAAAUUUGUACUUUUAUUAUUAUUUUCGUAUUUCUCUAGCUUAAUAAUAAACUUUUGAUAUUAUCAAUGAGA